CCUGUUUUUGAGAAUAAUUUAUAAAAACAUAAAAGAAAAACGGGAUUAAAAUUAAAUACAGUGAAAGUAAUAUAUGAAGGACUAUUAGUUGUGAGUUUAAAUCAGUACCGAACUGAUUUGAGUGUGUUUGUACGGUCAGAAUAAGUGAUUUAGUUUUGUAAAUAACCUAAAACAAACGUUUAAUGCAGAUAUUUUUAAUUAUUCACGAUAUUUUUACAUUGUGCAGUGACGUUAUCACGGUACCCAGUGAUUGUUUGGUUUUCACUCUGAUUAUUAUUGUUUCAGUCUAGGUAUAUUAUUGAGUAGGUAACGUGUAGUUACUGCUUAGCGGAAACGGAUCUGCGCUGAUUACGGAUUGGGAUAGGGCGGCGGCGCGCAGGCGAUGUGGCGCAGCACGUGAUGUUGGAGCCCACUGCGUCCGCGCACGCCGCCAUGAUCAAGCUGCGCCGGGACAGGAUUUGGCGCUGGCGCUGCCAGUGGAGCGUGGUGACGCUGGCGGCCGUGGGGCUGGUGCUGUACAACGGCGCGGCCAAUGUGCUGCUGUUGCGAUCGCCGCGCUGCCGCGAGCGCGCACCAGCGCCCGCGUCUCUCACGCCUGUGCCCGCCACCACCUGCGAGCCCUGCGCCGACACGCCGCCGCCUUCUGCACAGCUCGACGACGAACCGCUUUCACGAUUCGACCUGCGCCUCGGCCGCUGGGACACCUCGCGCAACUACCGCCUCUACGACUACGCCGCCGUCGGUGACUCGUACGCGGACCUCUCCGCCGAGCGGCGCGUCAGCCUCGCCACGCAGUCGUCCGUGGAGCGGUUGCACGAGCUGCUGCGCAUCGCGGCACACUGGUCCGGCCCGAUGUCGGUGGCGGUGUUCGUGACGGGAGACGAGCUGAGGCUGCUGUGCGGGUUCGCGACGUGGCUGCUGCACUGCCAGCCGGAGGUGUACGCGCGGCUGGCGCUGCACGUGGCCACGCCAGCGGAGCGGCAGGGAGUGCACGGCCGGCUGCCGCACUGGGCCAAGGACUGCUCGUCGCAGCCGCUGCCGGCGGGCGAGCGCUCACCGGAGACCAUCCAGUGGCGCUCGCGGCAUCCCUACCCCCAGAACCACAUGCGGAAUCUCGCGAGGAAGAACUGCCACACGCCGUUUGUGUUUCUGGUGGACAUCGACAUAGUGCCUUCGAAAGGCAUGGCGGAGGCUCUGGACGUGUUCCUAGGCCGGACGCCGAAGUGUCCGCUGUGCGCGUACGUGGUGCCCACGUACGAGCUGGACCGGCGCGUGGCCACCUUCCCGGCCAACAAGUCGGAGGUGCUGCGGCUCUCGCGGCACAAGCUCGCCAUACCCUUCCACAGAAAGGUGUUCAUAUACAAUCAGUUCGCUUCCAAUUUUUCAAGAUGGGAGGCCAGCGGCGGCAACGAGAGCGCGGAGACCCACGUGAGCCACAACGUGACCAACUUCGAGCUGCUGUACGAGCCGUUCUAUGUAGCAGCUGACACUGUGCCGGCGCACGACGAGCGCUUCCUCGGCUACGGGUUCACCAGGAACACGCAGGUAUACGAGAUGUUCAUGAUUGGCUACGAGUUCUGCGUGCUGUCGCCGAUCUUCACGAUCCAUUGGGGCCUGCAGUCGCGCCGCUACCGCCCGCUGUGGCGCGAGAAGCAGAACGAACGCAACCGUAAGACCUUCGAGACCUUCAAGCGGGAACUCUUUGCUAGGUACAGGAAAGACCCCCUCCGCCUGUUACGAAGGCCACCCCCCCCUAAGAAGACAUAGGCGGGGCAGGGCCGCGCGUGCGCUGCCGCCGGCCUUAUGUUCGCCGCUGUGCUCAGCCUUCUCUGACCACGGGGAUUUGUACAUAGUAACAAUAAGAAGCAUUUAUUAUUAAUAGACGCCAACACACAGCCAUAGUCAAAAAGCUUAAUUGACAUUUAAACACAAAGAGACUGUUAUAAUGGUGGUGGUGGAUGUCCUGAAUGAAAUUACCUUAAGCUUAAAAUAUUUGGGACUACAUAUUGUGUGCCGUUCCCGCAGUAAAAAGCCGUAAAAGUUAUGUAAAAAAAGCUAUAUUACCUGACCUUUAGGCAGAUAAAAUCAGAGUAGAAGAAAGAACAAUUUGAAAAAGAACGGCAGCCGGUGUCCUUACUAUUAAAGAGAUAGAUAGAUAGAUAAAUAAAAUAGUUUAUGUACAACAUAUACAGAAAAGCACAACAGGAAAGAGAUUUUACGGAACGGCUUAUCACUGAUCAGGAGUAAAAUAAGCGUAGUCGUUUCUAUCUAGGUACUUAAAUGUAUGAGUUGAACGCGGCACAAAACAGAUUAUGUAUUUCUGCCUUACUUGCGCUGAAGUCACUAGUCAGCCAAGGUGCCUCAGCCCACUUGUGCCUAAAACUUGGUUAGUGUGCUUAGGAUGAAGGCAGCCACCUUGUACCGCUCUGCUGCAUUGAGACAAGAUAGAAAAUGCGAUAUCGAAGCAUUUCUUUUAAUGUCCCAGUACGUAAUGCGCGAAUCGAAAGAAAUUUCACAUUAGUAUUAAGUCAGUUUUGUGAUUUUCCAACUGGACAAUGGUGACUAUUUGUUGCGACGUAGAUUCUAGAUUUAAGUGUUCUUAAAAACCAAUUGCUUUUAGAUAGUUUUGAGCUACCACGUCACUGUACAAAUUAUCAGUAGUUGAGUACCUAUCAUACGUACUUUACUAAGGCGUUUCUUAUACCACACCGCGCCACGACGCGAUUAGCAGUGAAGCGGUUGGAAGGGUCGCAUUGACUUGUAUAAUAAAAAAAAUAUAAUUAAAUACUUUAUUGCGGUCAAUUCUACAUCCAUAUCAGCUAAAUAAAACAUAAAAGCAUAAGAAAAGAAAAUGCUUAAAAGCUAGAAUACACCUUAAUGGCACACGGUUAGAUGCUGAUGGGGCCAGUGCUUUAUAAAGCUGCUGCCCCACCUGCCAGCUAUUACAGCCAGGAUGCUGUUGGUGCUGGUACGCACUCUGCGGUGCGUCGUAUAAUGUAACCGUUGAUGUCUAACACACGAACACCUUUAUAAGUAGUAUCUUUUCAAUUAUAUUUAUGUUGGUAUAAGAUUCUUUAGCAGCAUUGAAUACGCUCGCUACCUGGUCUAUAUUUUUUACUUACAUAGUGUCAACAUCACUUAUUUAAGAGCCACGUUCUUGUCGGCGUAGCAUUAUCCAUGCUACUUUUUAGGAAAAAAUAGGGCAGUAGUUUCCCUCUUGCCUUCCGCCUCGCAGUACUCUGUCUGACGCAAGUGGGAUGGCGCCCAGAGUACUUUAUUUCAAAGCUGCACUAGGACUCCUGUCCUCCGCCUCUGUUAGAUUCUAGGUUACAGUUCCUGUCACUUGCCCCUUCCGUUCUGCAUUGCCGUACCGAUGGCUUCCAUCUUCGCCUCUGCAACCGUUGAGGUCUUCACCCGUAUCCCUGGGCAAGGCAACAUUUAAAGCUGUAUGUAUGUAUAAUAGAUAACCAAUCAUGUUUAAAUCAUUACGUCAGUUCUGUAUGCAUGUAUGUAGGUUUUUAAACGAUAGAGUGAACGUCUGAUAUUGUGUAAAUAUGUAUGGGUGUAUGUAUAGUGAAGUAAGCUUAAAUUUAUUUUAAUUAAUAUUAAUUAUAUUGUCUAGGCACUAAACGUAAUGUGAUGUAUAGUAUUUUGUUGAACGAUUUAUGCAAAUUAUACAAAAUAUAUGUAAUUAUAAUUAUUUAACUAGGUAUGUCCAAGCCAUGAAAGUUAAUUUGUCAGUUAACGCAGUAUACAUUAUAUCUACCUGGCCCAAUAUGUUCAGCUUUGUAAUUGAAUGACCAAAGAUCUUUUUUUUUAUUUAGACAAAUUAAAAUAAUCUUUUUUCUAGGGCAGUCAGGUACAAAGGUAAAACAAUGAAAAAAUGUCCUUAAAUUCAGUAAGUAAUUAUAAAACUUGGCUAAAAAGC